AUGCGAACUGAUUGUGAUAAUGUCAUCCAAGUAAAACGAAGUCACACUAGGGGUCUCCAGACUUUCUCGGAUCCAUUCAUAAUGGCACGAUCACCGUCCAGGCAAAUGCGACUACUUAACGAGACAGUGGAGUUGCGUUGCUUAAUCUCACCCUUCCCUGGUACUGAAAUUCAGUGGACCUGGCAAGCAGCCAAAUUCGACACUACACUGGAGUGGAAAAAUGGACACUGGAAUUCCAAGUACAAUGAUGUGCUGCCAAAUGAUUUCAAGGUGGAGAUAAAAAAUGAGGGCACACUACUGAGUAUUGAGAGGCUUAGCUUUGAACAUGCCGGUGUCUUCACCUGCCAGUCAGUGAACAAAGCUGGACAAUUAGUGAAGCCCGUCUUUGCGACGUUUGAAUUAACUGUUGAAUCCAUUCCAACAUUUAAAGUGAAACCGCUGGACACCACAGUACCGAUAGGCGAUUCCGUUCAAUUGCGAUGCGAACCGAAUGAAAUCGGCAAAUCUAAAAUCGAAGUCAAAUGGCAUAUGAACGGUGAACCAAUUGGGCGUUACUUGGAUGGUGAUCGAAAACGAUUAUCGGGAAAUACAGUCAUUUUAAAUAAUCUCGGUCUCCAAGACAGUGCGGUCUUCCAGUGCAACAUAAGCAAUCAUUAUGGAUUUCAAUUCGUUAACGCUUACGUCAAUGUUUGGAAUUCACCACCUGCGAUAAUUGGGGGACCAUCAAGUGAACUUAUUAUUGCAGAAGGACAGAAAGUUGUCAUACCCUGCCAGACGGUGGGAGCUCCAACACCAAGAAUUUACUGGACUCGAGAUGGAACAAUCACGGCUUCUGAUGAGACUGGAAGAGACAAUGGGAAAAAAGUCGUUCUAUCGGAUGGGAGUCUUGAAAUAGUGGUGAAAUUUCCUCACUAUCAGGCAGAUAGCGGGAGUCCUGGACUAUUUAAAGCUCUCAGUCCAGGUUGA